AUGUGUAACGGGAAUGUUGCUGGUGCUGUUGCGCAUGUCUCAACCAACGAAAGGGCACUCAGUCAGCUGCAACGGCGUUCACUGUGCACAAUUCGCUGCUCGUCAUCCUCUGCGGCGCCAGCUGCCAAAGUUAUUGGCAACUUAAUUUCACAUUUCGACAACAUAAUUGCCGGCAAUUCGAAAUGCAGCAAUGCAUCGGCCAUUGCAACAACAUUGACGCCAGUACACAGGCGGAAGAGUGGGCGGCAGGAAAUCAAUGGAAAUGUGCAAAAGAAACCACGUUCUGGUCGUCCAAAAAAAAUUUCCGAACGGGAAGAGAGAUAUAUUUUGAAUGCCAUCAAAGCUGAUCCCAAAAAAUCUGCUCCAAAAAUACGUGAUGAAUUGCUACAAGGAACUGCAACAAGCGUCAAUCCUCAGACCAUUAGAAAUGUACUUCAUAAAGCUGGUUACAAUGGAAGAGUUCCACGUAGAAAACCUCUAAUAUCACCUAUUAAUAAAAAAAAAAGUUUGGAUUUUGCAAAGGAGCACUUAGAAAGGCCAGAUUCCUUUUGGGAUAACGUAUUAUUUAGCGAUGAAUCUGAAUAUAAUAUUUAUGGACCGGAUGGAGCGACAAAAAUAUGGAGAAAGCCUAAUGACGAGAUGCAGAUAAAAAAUUUAAUACCGACUGUCAAACACGGUGGCGGUAACAUAAUGAUUUGGGGUUGUAUGGCGGCAGCUGGUGUGGGUAAAAUGGUCUUUAUUGAAACUACUAUGGAUAAGCAUUCAUAUCUAAGCAUUUUACGCAGCAACCUUAAACAAAGUGCAACGCAAUUGGGGCUCGAUGAAAAUACAUUUCUUUUUCAGCAGGAUAACGACCCCAAGCACACGUCAUAUUUUGUUAAGGAAUGGCUCCUUUACAACUGCAAACAACUGUAUACUCCCCCACAAUCACCGGACCUAAAUCCCAUUGAACAUGUCUGGGAUUUGUUAGAAAAAAGAACUCGGAAACAUAAUAUAACCUCAAAGGGAUCGCUUAAAAAUGCGUUAUCAGAGGAGUGGGGCAAAAUCGCAGAAAAUGACACUAAAAGAAAUGGGGCUAAAGUUGAGCCUCCCGAAAAAUUGGAUCUGGACGGUGUUGGCAUUUUGGAUCUUGAUGACAUGAGCGAUCAGUGCAGCCUCACACAGGCCGGCCUCGAAGAGUACAACAUACGCGCCUCAUCCUAUUACGAUCAGCCAGCGAUGUUGUUCCAUCAUCAGAAGCAAUCGUCGUAUGCACAAUCGGAGGGGUAUCACAGUUAUGUCUCCAGUUCAGAUUCCAGUUCGGCCACACCAUUCCUGGACAGGCUACGACAGGAAAGCGAAAUGCUGUCACGCCAAUCCUCCCACCAUUGGUCGCAAAAUGACUUGUCUUCUGUGUCAUGCGCCUCGAUGGCACCCUCACCCACACCGCUACUGCUCUCCACAAUUGGUCGUGACGCAACGGUCACAGGGAGCAGCAGUAGCAGCAGCGGUGGCAAUCAGCAGCAACACAAUAAUAGUUCAGAGAGCACCUCAUCCACGGAGACGCUCAAAUGGCUGGGGUCCAUGAGCGACGUGUCCGAGGCCAGUCAUGCUACUGGCUAUUCAGCCAUCUCGGAGUCGGUUUCCUCGUCCCAGCUGAUUGUGCAUAGUUCGCGCGUGUUGACCCCGAAACGGCAUCAUAGCGAAAGCGUAUUGUAUCUGCAUGACGAGCACCAACAGCAGCAGCAGCAGCAACAGUCGUUGUUGUCGUCGCCACAACAGCACUCGCCUAGCGCGUCCAAACAGAUCAGUCCAACGUUGUCCGCGUCAGAAUGCACACAUUCGCCUACACGAUUGGCGCCUCAAAGAGCCGCGUUGUUGCCCAAUCAUCGUCAUAGCCCCAGCUACCCGCCUGUACACGCCACCGCUGCCAUGCAUCCCUAUCAGCCACAUCCCCAGUAUGCGGUGCGCCAGCAACCACAAUCACUGUCGCAUAAAUUACUGGCCGUUUCACCACAAAUGGAGGCGUUAAAUAGUUCCUUGAGUGCGAGCAAUGCCGAUAGUGGCCAACUUAGCGCGCUCAGUGCGAAGACGUCGCCGCUGGCAGCAACGCUGGCCGAUGCGCCAAACUCAGCGCCAUCACUAACACAAAACACAAGCAUAUCUGUGACAAUGACGCAAGAGGAGCCGGAAGCGGAAACGCACACCGCGCCUGCGUCACAAAUGUCUGCCUUAGCAACAAAUCCAGUCGCCAGCGGCAGCAGCAGCAGCAGCAGCGUAUCCAAUUCAAUUGUGGAAGUUAUUGCUGUUGGCGCGGUUGGCUCGGCGCAUUCGCCUGGCAGUGCCAAUUCUCAGCUCAACGCAUCCACGACUUCGUUAGCGUCGGCAGUGUCUUCGGCAUCCGCGUUGCUGCCACAAUCCUAUCGUAGCAAUCAUCGGCUUUUUCCGGUGAGCACCUACACUGAGAAGGUGCACAACAACACCUCGCAAUUUGUGCUGCAUCCCAAGCCGCAGUAUAGCGCGGGCUUGCCGAAACCGUCACAGCAACAGCAGCAGAAGCCACAGCUGCCGCUAAAACAGGCGCCGCAGCCCCCAGGGUCAGCGGCAUUAGCAGCAAAGUACUUGGCAUCGCCAACCAGCCCACCACAGCCGAGUUGGCAAUCUGUCGCUGAGCUGAUCAACGAUUUCGAGCGCACUAACAAUGAACCACAGCCACAGAAGUACACCUAUAUGGAUCCAAGCAAAACGCAUCGCGUCUCAAAUCCAGCGCUGAAAGCAUUCCAAAAGAAUGCCGUGCAAUCGUAUUUUGAGCGACAACAACAACAACAACAACAGCAACAUGCCAAAGAACAAGGUCAGUCGCAAAAAAUCUAUCAGCCACUUAGUGCGCAUGCGCAGCACCACCAUCAGCAACAGCAACAACAACAUUCACCACCGCAACAACAACAACAACAACUGCAGCAACAGCAACAGCAACAUUCGCCGUCACAGUCAUCGCAUCACACAUCGUCCGCCGCGCAUCAAGCACUCUUACGUCCGCAUUCCUAUCAGUCGAACAUGAAAGAAUCUGCCACGCAACAUCAAAUCAUGCGCAGCUCGCUGCCAAACUCCUAUGGUGCGCAGCACAAUCACAUGACUGGCGGCGUUUUUCAGCAACAAACAUCCUCGCAACAGCUGUCCAUGCGUUUGUGCGCACCGCCGCCACCACCACCACCAGAGAAGCUCACCAGUAGCCAUGGCAACAAUAGCGAGCGCACCGCAUUCACCUCAGUGCCAUUAGGCGGUACCGUCGGCACAUCUAGCAGUUACAGCGCCCUGGUUACGAAACCGCCCUCGCCUGCACCACCGCCGCCGCCGCCACGUUCGCGCUCACUCAUGCCACACACGCUGCUGCGACGCUCCUCUUCCGCCUCAGAUUAUGCCGAAUUCCGUGAUCAGUAUACGCGCGCAACGCAAGAGAAACUCGCCGCGCAAUCCGUGAAGAACAUUUCUAGCUCGGAAAAGUCCUCCUUCAAUGACUGUGGCAUGCCACCGCCACCACCACCACCACGUGGUGCACGACCCACCAAUCUACUACCCACUCGACGCACUUCCUCCGCCGCCGAGUAUGCGGCAGCUAUGCGUGAGAAAGCUCUACUACAGCAAGCGGCUGCUUUGGCGCAUCAGCAGCAUCAUCCACAUCAACAUGCGCGACCACCCAACUAUGCGCCACAAUACUACAAUCCAGCGCUGCCUUUGCCGGCGGCCGCCAUUGAACCCGGUUGGGUGCCCGAACGACCGCCAAAGAAUCCGAAUCUGCGCGUGCCUUCACCUGAUUUGCCGCCAUUGCCACCGAGUGCAGACUUGGAUACGCAACUUGCUGACGAGCCAUUGCCACCGCCACCACCUGAGCUGCUGCAACAACAACGCCAUCAAUACCAACAACAACAGCAGCAACAACAGCAGCAACAGCUGCAGCAGUACUAUGACCUGAAUGCGUCAAUGAACACCAGUUGUGAAUUGCUACCGAAAGCACCCUCGCCCAAUCGGCGCAAUAGCUUCGCCGGUUCUUCUUCGCGUAAAGCGUAUUUCAAUCGUACCGGCUCCGAGAUGUCAUCAUCACAAUCAGCCGCAAAAGUGCCGCCGCUCAUACCGAAGAAGCCAAACAACAUUGACGCGCUGCAUGCAGUGCGUCAACAGCAGCAGCAGCAGCAACAGCACGCACAACAGCUGACCGCCAAGCUGCUAUUGAACGGUGGCAUGCCGCAGCCGCAGCAACAUUCGCCACCACCGCCAUCAACGCAGUCUGCAAUGGCUAGCGCAGCGAAUCCAAAGCUGUCAGCCAAUCGUAAACGACCACACAACCCCGCGGUGAGCGGCUUCAAUGUGCCGCCGCCGAUUAUGGAGAAUGUGCAGCAGCCGCCACAGCAGUUGGGCAGCAGCAAAUCGCCGGCAAGCAUGAACGCUAUAUUGAAGUCUUCGCCACCGCCACCGCCGCCUCCAUUAAUGCCGCGUUGCAUCCCAAGCCAGACGUUAGUGCAUAACAGCAGCAACAAUAACAUCAGCGUUAAAGCAAGGUAAGUCCAACUAAUUUCGUUUUUGUAACUUUGAGUGGAGAACCACAAAGUAUGUAUGUACUUAGGGUGUUGAAGGCUGCAUCAAAGGUAAGGCAAACAAAAAUUGUAUGAAAAAUUAAAGAGCCAGAUAGUGGGGCAUGUGAAAAGGUUGUUAGUGGCGUGCGGGGUGUCUUCACAUGCAGGACAUAUAUUUAGUAUAUCGGGGUCAAUUCUGGAUAAGUAAGAUUAACCUGUUCCAAUAUGCAGAACGUAAUUGUCCCAGUGGAGCUCUUCAUCUGCUGUAGAUGGCAUUCAGCGGUCGGGAGCUUAAGAAGGCGGUAAUGGUCUCUCGAUGAAUGUCGUUUAUUGUCUGUCCAAACACUGUCUGGUCCAGUAGAUGUCUAUUCGUUUUGUCCCGGAUCUCGUCGGCGUAAUUGAGGAGGUGUCUCCUGUCGUGCCUGGUAGGUCGCUCAGGCUUAAGCAGGUGUCUACAUGGGUGAAACCCGCGGUAGCACCCAAGCAGAAACUGUUGGCUGAGUAGUUUAUUGUGUUCCUCUACCGGGAGCAUUUGUGCCUCGUUGUGAAGGUGUUGAAGAGAAGGCAUCAGGAGGAAACGCGUCGCUGUUCGAAUAGCAGUGUUUUGGCAAGUCAGUAGUCGCAAUUAAUGGGUUAUGAAAUUGCGUACCCAAAAAAGUUGAUUAUUUUCAGGAGAGUUUUCUGAAUUUUUUAAAUUUUUGUGAAUUUCGUACAUAGUUUGGCGCUUUGGUACAUUAGCCCGUAGGUGAACGAAUUUUAUUUCGGCUUGGAAAAAAUAUGAAUUCAAAUAUUUAAUUGUUUUAAAUUAAAUAGGAGUAGCCCCGCAAAUCGAACCAGAUU